AUGUUGAAUUCAACAAUAUCAACAACAAUUGUAGCUAUAUCAAUCAAUAUUAUAUCAGCUAUUAUUGUUCUAUUUGCAUUUAUUAUAAGUUUAAUUCUUGUCUUUCUUAUUAUCUAUCGAUUAGUAACUAUGUAUAUAGGACAAAGUGAACGUAUUUCAUUGUAUUUAACAUUGAAUACAUUAUGUGCAUUUAUAUCAAUGUUUAUCGUGUUAUUUAUACAUGUUAAUCUAUCAACGAUAUGUCAUGAUUUUAAUAUGAAUUUAUUUCGAUGGAAAUUCGAUUCAAUAGAAUGUCGUCUUUGUGGUUUUAUAUUCUUUUCUGUUAUUUGUAGUGUCUUUUGGAGUUAUUCUUUACAAGUAUUUUUUCGUUUUAUACGUGUCGUUUAUCCGAUGAAUUCAUGGAUUAAUCAUAUUAAAAUUUAUCUUUUUCUAUUCAUUCCAAUUCAAUGGUUAAUCGCAUUUGCUAUUGUUAUGCCUCUAUUGACUCGUCUAAAUGGUAUUCAUCUUUUACUUCCAAAUGAAAUGUAUUGUGGUGUACAAUUUGAAAAAUUUUCAGCAGUUGUAUAUGCUUCUGUUGCAGAAGUUUGGAUACCGAUUAUAAUUAUUUCUGCAUGUUAUGUUAAAAUUGUUCGAACAAUACGACAGCGUUCAUCUAAGCAAUUACCAUUUUUACGUAAUAGACGAGAUGUAAAAAAUUUGAACACUACUACAGUCACUGCAUCAUCAUCGUCUGAAACAACAACAACAACAUCGACAUCUUCUCAGACAACUUCAACAUCAACCUUAACAACAACAACUACAACUCAACAAUCAGUAUGGUCUUAUACUGGUAAAAUGAACAAUGCACGACAGGCACAUACAACAUCUGUACUAAAAAAUGAUCGAGUGUUAGCUGUUGGUGGAAUUAGUUAUGAUGGCUUUCUCAAUAGUUCUGAAAUCUAUAAUCCUUCAACGGAGACUUGGACAAUGACUGGUCCUAUGAAUGAUAGACGAUGCGAUCAUACAGCAUCGAUAUUGUUAAAUGGAAAAGUUUUAGUUACUGGUGGACGUAAUAAUUUAAGUGAUGCUUUAGAUAGUGCUGAAUUGUUUGAUCCAUCAACAGAAAUGUGGAUAUUGACGGGUAGUAUGAAUUAUCCACGACAAAAACACCGAGCAUCAUUAUUACCAGAUGGAAAAGUGUUAAUUAUGGGCGGAAUGAAUGCCAAUAGUAGUCUCAAUAGUACUGAAUUAUAUGAUCCGUCAACAGGAAUAUGGACAGUGAUUAGUAGUAUGCAGGACAGACGAUCAUCGCAUGCUGUAUCCGUAUUUCCAAAUGGAGAAGUCUUUGUUUUUGGUGGAUAUAAUGAUAGUGCUUACAUAACUAAUGCUGAAAUUUAUCUUCAAGGAGCAGAAUGGAGAAUUACUAAUAGUAUGACUUAUGCACGAAUUCGUCCAACAGCAUCUUUGUUAAGGAAUGGAGAAUUUCUAGUUGUUGGCACCAGUGUAGAUAGUGGUGACUCAAGUGGUGCUGAAUUGUAUACUCCCUGGACAAGGACCUGGUCAAUGACUACUAGAAUGAAACGAAUACGAUCCGACCACACAUCAUCUCUAUUAAUAAAUGGAAAACUUUUGGUGACUGGUGGAUUAGCAAGUGGUAUCGGUUCUCUAGAUAGCACUGAAAUGUUUGAUGUAUCGACUGGAAUCUGGACAAAUGUUGGUAGUAUGAAUGAUGGACGAUACGAUCAUACAGCAUCAGUAUUAACAAAUGGAAAAGUACUAGUUAUCGGCGGAUUUAAUAAUAAUAUUGGUAUUCUAGAUACUGUUGAAGUAUAUGAUUCAGUUAUAGGAAGUUGGAAACCAACUGGUAGUAUGAAUGAUGGACGACUGUUACCUACAGGAGUGCUGCUACGAAAUGGGAAAGUUUUAGUUUCCGGCGGAUUUAAUAAUGAAGUUUCUCUAGCCAGUACUGAGCUAUAUGAUCCAUCAACAGGACUUUGGACAACUACUGGUAGUAUGAAUUAUGGACGAGGUGAUCACACAGUAUCCGUAUUACCAAAUGGAAAAGUAUUAAUCACCGGCGGACAGGACAACGGUAGCAGACCUCUAAAUAGUUGUGAGUUGUAUGAUCCAUCAACAGGACUUUGGACAAUGACUGGCAAAAUGACAUAUGCACGAUUUCAGCACACAGGAUCCGUAUUGGCAAACGGUACUGUAUUAGUGACUGGUGGCUUCAGUGAUCAUACGAUCCUGAAUAGUACUGAAUUGUAUGAUCCAUUAACGGGAAAUUGGACAAUUAGUAGAAGCAUGAAAAGGGAACGAAAUCGUCAUACAGCAUCAAUCUUACCGAAUGGCAAAAUACUAGUUCUUGGUGGUCCAUAUUCCAAUGAUGUUGAGCUCUAUAAUCCAUCAACGGAUACCUGGACAUUGACUGAGCCUAUGCAUGUUUGGCGGGAAUUUCAUACAGCAUCGGUAUUAACAAAUGGAAAAGUAUUGGUUGCUGGUGGAUUUAAGAGUGACACGUUUAUAAACACCACUGAAUUAUAUGAUCCAUCAACAGAAACAUGGAAAACUACUAGUGAUUUGUUGACUGCACGGUAUGAUCACAGCGCAGUGAUGUUGACAAAUGGAAAAGUAAUGAUUGCUGGUGGAGACGGUCAGAAUAGAUACCUAAGUAGUGUUGAAUUGUAUGAUCCAUUAGCUGAAACUUGGACAAGUAUUGAUAGCAUGAAUGGUGAACGAUGGAAAUUUGCUCUAACUGCAUUAACAAAUGGAACCAUAUUAGCUUUUGGUGGCUACGAUUUUAGUGGUAGUCUCAAAAGUGCUGAAUUAUAUGUGCCAUUAUCAGAAAUAAAUACAAAUACCUUUAUUUCUAGUAAACAUAAUGAUCAUUCAAAAACUUCGAAUAGUUCCAAUUGA